AUGAGUUUCCUUCGCAGGGAGUCUGGGCUCAACCUUAGAGUUUGUGAGUCAGUGACUCAGCAAGUGCACGCCUCAGAGGCUGAGCCGGUCUUUGCCGUACAUCAGCACGUGAGCGCCUCAGAGACUGAGCCGGUCUUUGCCGCAAAUCAGCACGUGAGCGCCUCAGAGGCUGAGCCGGUCUUUGCCGUACAUCAGCACGUGAGCGCCUCAGAGACUGAGCCGGUCUUUGCCGCAAAUCAGCACGUGAGCGCCUCAGAGACUGAGCCGGUCUUUGCCGCAAAUCAGCACGUGAGCGCCUCAGAGGCUGAGCCGGUCUUUGCCGCAAAUCAGCACGUGAGCGCCUCAGAGACUGAGCCGGUCUUUGCCGCAAAUCAGCACGUGAGCGCCUCAGAGUCUGAGCCGGUCUUUGCCGCAAAUCACCACGUGAGCGCCUCAGAGACUGAGCCGGUCUUUGCCGCAAAUCAGCACGUGAGCGCCUCAGAGUCUGAGCCGGUCUUUGCCGCAAAUCAGCACGUGAGCGCCUCAGAGUCUGAGCCGGUCUUUGCCGUAAAUCAGCGCGUGAGCGCCUCAGAGGCUGAGCCGGUCUUUGCCGUAAAUCAGCGCGUGAGCGCCUCAGAGGCUGAGCCGGUCUUUGCCGUACAUCAGCACGUGAGCGCCUCAGAGACUGAGCCGGUCUUUGCCGUACAUCAGCACGUGAGCGCCUCAGAGGCUGAGCCGGUCUUUGCCGUACAUCAGCACGUGAGCGCCUCAGAGGCUGAGCCGGUCUUUGCCGUAAAUCACCACGUGAGCGCCUCAGAGGCUGAGCCGGUCUUUGCCGUACAUCAGCACGUGAGCGCCUCAGAGGCUGAGCCGGUCUUUCCCGUAAAUCACCACGUGAGCGCCUCAGAGGCUGAGCCGGUCUUUGCCGUACAUCAGCACGUGAGCGCCUCAGAGGCUGAGCCGGUCUUUCCCGUAAAUCAGCACGUGAGCGCCUCAGAGGCUGAGCCGGUCUUUCCCGUAAAUCAGCACGUGAGCGCCUCAGAGACUGAGCCGGUCUUUCCCGUACAUCAGCACGUGAGCGCCUCAGAGGCUGAGCCGGUCUUUGCCGUACAUCAGCACGUCAGCGCCUCAGAGGCUGAGCCGGUCUUUCCCGUAAAUCAGCACGUGAGCGCCUCAGAGGCUGAGCCGGUCUUUGCCGUACAUCAGCACGUCAGCGCCUCAGAGGCUGAGCCGGUCUUUGCCGUAAAUCAGCACGUGAGCGCCUCAGAGACUGAGCCAGUAUUCACUGUAACUCAGCUUGGGCAGUUGUAUUGGGUCCCGGAAAAAUGGGGUUAA